GGAAGGAGGGAGGGACGGUCGUCGCCGAGUUCCGCCCCAGCAGCCAUGGCCGCGUAGCGUCUCCUCGGCAGCCGCGCUCGGGACAUGGCCUGCCCGGGCCGGCGGGCGGAGGCAGCGAGUCCCGCGGCGAAAAAUAUUGAUAGAGACUUCUAAGAAGCGGUACCAUCCUAGGAGGGACAUAAGUAACAACAUGCCUGCUGUGGCAUCUGUACCUAAGGAGCUGUAUCUCUGUACUUCAUUGAAAGAUCUCAACAAGAAGACAGAAAUAAAACCUGAAAAGACAAGUACAAAGAGUUAUGUGCAGAGUGCCCUUAAGAUUUUCAAGGCAGCAGAAGAAAGCAGAUUGGACCGAGAUGAAGAAAAAGCUUACAUCCUAUAUAUGAAAUAUGUGACUGUUUAUAACUUUAUUAAAAAAAGACCUGAUUUUAAGCAGCAACAGGAUUAUUUUCAUUCAAUUCUGGGACCUACAAAUUUAAAAAAAGCUGUUGAAGAAGCUGAAAGACUGUCAGACAGCCUUAAACUCAGAUAUGAGGAAGCUGAAGUUCGGAAAAAACUUGAAGAGAGGGACAGACAAGAGCUGCAGAAAAAGCAAGAACCAAAGGAUGAUGGAAAGAGUUCAGCCAAAAACUCCUCAGACAGUGCUGUGGAUUCCAAAGGAAAAAGCCAAAGGAUUAAUGGUGAGAGGAAGCAUUCGCUGGAAAGAAAGGAUCAGUCUGACAGUCUGAGUGGAGCAGUCACACCUGAGAAACUGUUUGCAAUGAUGUCAGACAAAAAUAUUGAAUUGCUUAUAAUGGAUGCUCGAAGAUUGAAGGAUUAUCAGGAAUCCUGUAUUCCAAGAUCUAUCAGUGUCCCAGAAGAAGCUAUCAGUCCUGGAGUUACUGCUAAUUGGAUUGAAGCUAGACUCCCAGAGGACUCCAGAGAUCCAUGGAAGAGGAGAGGACAGUUUCAUUAUGUUAUACUGCUGGACUGGUUUAGUUCUGCUGAAGACUUAAAGUUAGGAACAACUCUUCAGAGCCUGAAAGAUGCGCUAUUUAAGUGGGAAAGCAAAACCAUACUGCAGAAUGAACCUUUAAUUCUAGAAGGAGGUUAUGAAAAUUGGCUCCUUUGUUUUCCCCAGUACACAACAAAUGCUAGAGUAACUCCACCCCAGCAUGGCAGGAGUGAAGCAGUGACUGUUUCUUUGGAUUUUACAUAUCCAUCUCUGGAAGAGCCAACUUCUGUUCCCCCUGUUGCUGCUGUAAAGCCAUCCUCAACAGAAGCAAUUGAAAAUGAAGAAACAGGAGAUAAUUUGGAAGAGAGACUAAAAUCACUUAACAGAUCAAACAUACAAGAUGCUGCUGUUCCAAAAUCUGACAGUUCAUUGGUAGUUAAUCCAGUAUCAAUUACAAGAAGUAUCCCUGAGGUGGAUCGUACUAAAAAGCCUUCACUAAAAAUCUCUGAUGAUACCAGACCAAAAGCUGCAGGUACAGCCAGUGACAUCCAGCCUGUUGAGAAUGGACGAGUGGUUCCAGACCGCUCCACAAAGCCGGUAUGGGAUGUGAAGAGUGUUCUGACAGAAGAAGAAAAAAGUCAGGUACACGCAGAAACUGCUGCUCUGUUAGAGAAAAACAGGCGGGAAAAAGAACUCCGGGAGAGGCAGCAAGAAGAACAGAAAGAGAGGCUCAAGAGAGAAAAAGAAGAACAAGAACAAAAAGAGAAAGAACAUCAGGAGCAGAAAGCAAAAGAAGAACAGAAAGAAAAGGAACACAAAGAAAAGCUACAGCAAUCCAAAGAGGAAAGAGAACAGAAGGAGAGGGAUGAACAAAUAAAAAGAGAACAGGAGGAGAAGGAACAAGAAAGAGCCCGCAGAGAAGCAAUUGAAGCAAAAAAGCAAAAUAAAAAUGAACCAGAAAACAUUGGUGCAAAAAGGAUUGAGAUGGACAAAACAUCCCUGGAAGAAAAAGGAACUCGAACACCAGAAACACCGAGAAGGGCACUGGGUGAUGGAUCUCAGACCUUUGUUUCAGGCAAGCAAACUGGGGUUAAAGGACAACCAGACAGUGGAGCUCAAAAGCCAGGACCCCUUAGAGAGGAUUCUGAACAAGAUACUGAAAAACUUAAAUCUCAGCGGGAGCCAUUAAUGAGAGCACGAAGUGAAGAAAUGGGAAGGAUAAUCCCAGGGCUGCCUGCAGGUUGGGCAAAGUUUCUGGAUCCAAUCACUGGAACCUUUCGUUACUAUCACUCGCCAACAAAUACUGUUCAUAUGUAUCCACCAGAAAUGGCUCCUUCAUCUACUCCUCCAUCAACCCCUCCAACUCAUAAACCCAAGCCACAGGUGACUGUUGAACGAGAGAGAGAACACUCCAAACUGAAGCGCUCCUACUCUUCCCCAGAUAUAACCCAAGCCAUUCAGGAGGAAGAGAAGAAAAGAAUUCCUGUAACUCCUGCAGUCAAUCGUGACAAUAAACCCAUCUGUUACACUAAAGCAGAAAUUUCAAGACUCUCUGCAUCACAGAUUCGGAAUCUUAAUCCUGUGUUUGGGGGAUCGGGACCAGCUCUCACAGGACUUCGUAACCUUGGGAACACUUGCUAUAUGAAUUCCAUAUUACAGUGUCUGUGCAAUGCACCUCACCUGGCUGACUAUUUUAACAGAAACUUGUAUCAGGAUGAUAUUAACAGGUCAAAUUUCCUGGGGCAUAAAGGUGAAGUGGCAGAAGAGUUUGGCGUAAUAAUGAAAGCUUUAUGGACAGGACAGUAUAAAUAUAUCAGUCCAAAAGACUUCAAAAUUACAAUUGGAAAGAUUAAUGACCAAUUUGCAGGAUAUAGCCAACAGGACUCCCAAGAAUUGCUUCUGUUUCUAAUGGAUGGCUUGCAUGAAGACCUAAAUAAAGCUGACAACAGGAAAAGAUACAAGGAAGAAAACAAUGAUCACCUUGAUGACUUCAGAGCAGCAGAGCUAGCCUGGCACAAGCACAAACAGCUCAAUGAAUCCAUUAUUGUGGCACUCUUCCAAGGCCAGUUCAAGUCCACCGUGCAGUGUCUCACGUGUCACAAGAAGUCCCGAACCUUUGAGGCUUUCAUGUAUCUGUCGUUGCCGCUCGCGUCCUCCAGUAAAUGCACUCUGCAGGAAUGCCUUAGAUUGUUCUCCAAAGAGGAAAAGCUUACUGAUAAUAAUAGGUUUUACUGUAGCCAUUGCAAAACUCGAAGGGAUUCUUUGAAAAAAAUAGAAAUUUGGAAAUUACCACCUGUUCUCCUUGUGCACUUGAAACGAUUUUCCUACGAUGGAAGAUGGAAACAAAAGCUUCAAACUUCUGUAGAUUUUCCAUUGGAAACACUUGACCUUUCACAGUAUGUUAUUGGUCCAAAGAAUACCUUGAAGAGAUACAAUCUGUUCUCGGUGUCGAAUCAUUAUGGUGGGCUGGAUGGGGGGCACUACACAGCCUACUGCAAAAAUGCUUCAAAACAGCGCUGGUUUAAGUUUGAUGACCAUGAAGUCUCUGAGAUCUCAGCGUCGUCGGUGAAGUCCUCAGCUGCUUAUAUUCUCUUUUAUACUUCCUAUGAACAGCGAGCAGUGGACAUGGCCACGUAAAGUAGUUGCGGGUUAAGGAAACUGGUUUUCUUUCUCUAGGAGCAAAGUAGGCAUGGGAAUGCAUAUAAAUAUGCAAAACUCUGACAGACAUAGUCACUCCCAGGUGUGGGGAUGGCUGCAGUAGUGUCUCUGCAAGCAGGCUCGCUCUGGUCCGUAGUAGUGCUUAACAAUCAGAAGACUGAUGAGUAACGCUUGUGGUAAUACUGCCAUCUGUGGAACCAUUUACAGGCAUACUCGCAUUACUGUUUAUUUAAAAAACAACUAUAUUUUUAGUCUGCUCCAAAAUUAAAUUCUAGCUUAGUCAUCUGAAAUCUAUUAACAAGUAGUUUAAAAUGUCUUAAAAUCCCAAGGCAUAUCUUGGUUUAUUUUUUUUCUUUCACUGUUAAUGGCCUUUUCACAUUUCUAACCUUAAGCUUGAUUCUACUGUGAAUACUCUAGAACGAUGUAAACAGUUAGGAAUGUAAGUGUACAUAUUGAUUGCAUACUUGCACAUCAGAACUAUGUAUAUAAUAAAAUGUUGUCCUUUUUGUGAGAAUCUCUAAAACUCAGAGGAUUGCAUUUAUUUGCCAGCUCUAAGUAAUUGCAACACUACUUAAUAAAAAAGCAGAGCUGUAUUAUUUUUUUUCUGUUAGCUUUUGUCAAUAUUUGUGCACUUCAGAGUUAUUCUAAACAAACAAGAUUUUCCUUUUUAAUUUUUUAAUAUAAAUUUUCAUGUACACAUGCAUUAAAAACCUUAACGAAGAAAUGAUUUAAAAAUAUAUCCUGUUAAAUGUA